AUGGAGGCUGCUAUCAAAACAUUCUUCUCAUCGCCACGCUUUGCUGUUAUCGGCGCUUCAACGGACACUGGGAAGUACGGUUACAAAGUAUUCUCCUGGUACGUUUCACAUAGCCUACCUGUCACCGGAGUCAAUCCAAAGGCCCCGGUCAUACUCGAGCGACAGACAGUCUCAACCUUAGAUGGCCUUGAAUCACCAUCCGAAACAUCAAUCUCAAUCAUUACUCCACCGGCUAUCACGCUCAAGACCCUAGAGAAGGCGAAGGAACUUGGAAUAAAAAUAGUUUGGUGCCAACCCGGUUCCGAGUCCGACGAUGUACUGAAUUACGCAAAAGAAAAUGGCAUCACAUGUAUUGCCAACGGGGCCUGUGUUCUCGUUGAUGGAGAAAGCGGACUGAAGAACGCCGGGAGGGACUGGAAGUUAUGA